AAAAAUAGUAAUAAUUUAAUUGACUCAGAUCUUAAUUGACCGAGCAUGUGCGACCUGUAACGUACCGGACUUGAAAUCCGAAUCCAAACGAGUUAAUAAUAACCUUCAAGAUCAAGAAAGUGACAGGCCGAAUAUUAAAAUCAAAAUUACUAAAAAAGAAAAAGAACAGAUAAAAUCAGAAAAAGGCCAAAAAUAAACAAAUAGCAGAAGAACAAAAAGCGAGAGAUCCGUGAUGCCCAAAUGUCCACGCGUCACUGUCUGCGACUGAAAACACGCGCUUCGCUGUGUUACCGACUUUUAAUCUCUUCACCAUAUCUUCCCCUCUUGUCUCCACUAUAAAACCUCAUCCUUCCCUUCUUCCGUUUCUGCACCGAUACUCCCACGCUAAUUACGAAACUGCCACUAAUUUUUUAGAAACGUACCAUCUAAACCGAAUAACCGGUUAAGCAAUGGACGGUUUAUUGCCCGACGAGGAUAACUUAACUCGGAGUGACUCGGUUGUUAAGAAGCGACUCAGACACGAGUUGGACGAGUCAGUUUUCGACUCGCCCGACGUGAAGCGGUUGAGAGACGAUCUGUUCGACGACUCGGGACAUGACGCGGCCACUCAAGAUCUCGACUCGUUGAUGAAGAGCUUCGAGGACGAGUUGUCGAACACGGCGGCGCAAGACUCCGGCGAGGCUCAGCCGGAUCUCGGAUACCUUUUCGAAGCUUCUGACGACGAGCUAGGUUUGCCUCCACCGCUACCGGCUCCACAGACGACGGCUCUUCCUCCGUCGUCUGAGGAGGCGGAGGAGACGGUGAAGGAGUUGGUGCGAGCUCCGUCGGAUUCGUCGGAAGUCGGCGAGUUAGGUGGAUUCGAGGAGGCUGUUACGGGGGUUGGAUCUUUUGAGCUGGAUGAUGGAUUAUUCGAAUAUUCCGAUGUUUGUUUGGAUUCCGGUGACGUGUUUUCAUGGCAGCCGGAGACUCUACCGGCGGAGUAGUAAUGUCUUUUUAAAAAGAGGGAGAUGAAACGGUGGCGUUUCGUCUCGCUUUGUUUUUUAUCUAUGGUUUUAGUGAUGUAGGAAUAGGAUCUUUAUGUAUUAUCCUAAGGGUGAUUUUUAGGAUUAGAGAUAUCAAAGGUUUAGUGGUGAUAAGUGACUUAGAUUAGUCUAUACAUUUGCUUCCCUUUUUUUUCCAGGAUCUGUUCUGUUGAUUUUGAGUGAUCUUCAUCCUGUGUUUAGCUUUUGUUAAUGUUAAAAUUAAAUGUCUUAUCCCGAGUUUUAUGCCAGAUAUUAGAUCUUUUUUUUUGCGAGUAAGCAAAUGUUCAUAUUAGAUCUUUUCUUCUGUGUGUGUGGGUCUGUGCUUGUAUAACAAAUUUACAGUGUUCAUAUCUUUAUACGUAUUUCCCUUUUUUCUUCUAAAAUGGAACUUUAAAAAGAAAUAUAUUUUUCUCUGCAAUGAAUUUCUCUAUUUUUCUUUCUAAAAUAGUUUUAAUAUAUUCACCUUCCUCUGUUAUGUUAAUAUGAAAAACAACACAGAAGUAGCGAGAUCACAUAAUAAUAGUGCAAUAAUAUGAAUCACUAUCUUACAUAUCUAGUCAAGUCCAUAGUUCUUAUCAUGGUUUUAUUCUUCUAGUUUCUCUAAAUUUUU